CUGCGAGCGAAGGACAUCGAACUCUACUUGGCGGCCCAGUUCGUUCCCCGCCUUUAAUAUCGGGUCGGGUAGAUUUUACCCGAUUUCCAACGAAGCCCUAAUUUUGAUUCCGGCGAGCCAAUCCGAGCUUGUUUUUCUUCCCCCUUCUUCCCCAACCCCCCCGCGGCCCUUCCCCUUGUCUCUCUCUCUCUCUCUCUGUGAGAGGAAUGGAUUACAGCGACACAGAAGAGCCGUACAGGAGGAGACCGAGGAAAAUGGCUUAUCUUGGAGACUCCUCUCGCAGGCAAUUUGAAUCUCUAAGCGGACGUCCCUAUGCCCUAAUGGGAGACAUGAGUUUUCUGCAAGAGGAAGACAUUUCGUUAGACGCGACACGGGCUAGAUGGACAAAUGUUCUCAAACGGCAUAGUGACUUAGCAGAGCGUCUUUCUAGGGAUGCUGACAAGACAAUUUAUGAGCGUCUACAAAAAGAAUUUGAAGCUGCACGGGCUUUACAAACUCAAGAGAUUAAUUUGGAUGGUGAACAAUGGAAUGAUGGACUACUAGCUACAAUAAGAGAGCGGGUUCACAUGGAGGUUGACAGAAAGGCAAUGGCGGGAGACGUAAACAUGUUGCCUGGUCCUCAAAUCCAAGAAAAAAUUACUUAUAAAGUCGGAAAUAAGGUGAUUUGUUGUUUGGAAGGGGCUAGAAUUGGCAUUCUGUAUGAGACAUCUUAUGCAGGAGAACCUUGUGACCUGUACCAUUGUGUGCUUGAGAGCAAGUCAUUUCUUGAGAAGAUGACUGUCCUUGAACACACCAUUCCAUAUUUUUUGCCAUUACGAGAAGCAGAAAAUGAUCUUCUUUCUUCUAAUGCUAUGAAAUUUAUAGAUUACAUUGGAGAGCUUUUGCAGUCUUACGUGGAUAGAAGGGAACAGGUUCGGCUUGCCAAGGAGUUAUAUGGGAACCAGAUUAAAGAAAUUUAUUAUACCCUUCCCUACAACUUAAUUGCCUUUUCACUAGUUGAUUUUGAUUGCAAGGUAAUAGUUAAGCUUAAAUAUGCGGAGCUUGUUUCCGUACUUCCAACUCAUGUCAGUGUGGUAGCAUGGCCAGUGCAUCAAUACAGGAAAACAAGUCUAAAUGCAUCAACCAUGAACAAAAAGGAAAACGGAUCCUUGGAAGGUCCAACUACCCUCUCCUAUGCAGAGGAUGCCUUGCAAAAUAUGAGCUUACCUGAAGCAUAUGCAGAGAUUGUGUUGAAUUUGCCACAAGCUCUUCGGGAUAUAUGUGAGGGGUCCUCUUAAUGCUACACCAGUCGGAACAUCUGAAUUUGUACAAAACAUAGCAAAAAUGGUGCUGCUGGGAUACCUUUAGUUGUUUAGCAUUAGAGUACUAACCAAACUAUUCGUGAGACAAUUUUUAGGCUAAAAUAGCAGUAGGGUUGAUUUCGGCAAUUUGUAUAUUCGAGUAUCACCUACUCUUUAUCCCUCAGAAACAUCUGUAUCAGGCUGUCCGAUCUAUUUGAUUUGUGCCAUCAUUUUAGUUAAGGCCAUUUUAGACU